AUGAUUUUCAUACUUUCGUGUUUGGAAGUGGAUGCUUUUUGUUUAGAUUAUACUCAGUGUGAUGGCUACUACUCUCCAUCAUGUUAUCUUUGCAGCUUACACAUACUAUCAUCAACUGUGCAACUUAUAUGCAAGGAAAUUAUCAGUGAUUCACAUAGACAUCGAAUUUUCUCGUCAGGCUGUGAUUUCAGUGGGAAAUAUAAUUGCAGGUGCUAUAAGGACGCCUUAGAUUUGAAAACCAUCUAUUUUAUUACGGAUGCAAAUUCUACAGAUCAAUUUCCUUUAAAAACUAGAAAGCGCCAGUAUAAAUCUGCAAUCAAAAGAAAUAUUACCUCAUCACAUUUCAAAAAAUCGAUUGAAAGAGUCAAUUUCAAUAAUCUCUUUCCUGAUUUUGAACAUGAAAAUGACAUAUCACCUACUGAACAUAAUCUUCAUCUUUUUGAUUGUUCAAAGUCUAUAUCAAUUCCUCAUCAACAUGUUCUGUCUCCUAAGCAUUCGAAUUGUUCAAAUAUAGAUGUGUUGAGGAUUUAUUUAACAAAGCAUAUGACUACUGAACUUCCUCAAUUCUGCACAUAUCCUCAUAUAUUGACUAUUCUUUGUCAAUAUAUCAAUAUGAUCCAGUUUAUCAUACAUAUGAAUGAAGAAUAUUCAAUUCAAUACAGUGAUAUAUUAGCAACAUUCAAUAUUAAUAUUUUAACAGAACUAGAAAAUGUCAUUAUUUCGAUUUAUGAAAAGUUUAUUAGGACUAAAGAUAAUUCCCACUUAGUAACUGUGGUAAUAAUUUGUGAAAAUUUAUCGAUUAUAUAUGAUUGUAUAAAAUAUUGUAAACAUUUAAAUCUCCCUCUCAUGAUCAAUAAUAAUAAUAAUUUAUUAUUAAAUUUGAAUAAAUGUUUAAUUCAAUGGUUUAUUUCCAUAGAUACUAUUCAAUAUUUUUCUUUUAAAAUAACCAUAAUUGAUACACUUGCAUAUCUUAUUCAUAUUAAUCCUCAAUAUUUCUAUAUUGACAAUCAAUGGCAUAAUGUAAUGAAUAAAUUUUUAAUGAAUUUACCAUUUACAAAUGGAUUAUACAUGAAUGAUUGUUCAUCUAAUGUAAAUGAUUGUCAUUGUACUAUGGAUACACGAUAUGAUAAUAAUAAUAAUAAUAAUAAUAAUAAUGAUUAUUAUUAUUGUUAUAUGAGUCUAGUUCAUCAACUUCAUCAAUUAGAUAAACAAUUAUUACAUCAUAAUGAACAAAUAAACAAUGAUUUCAUUGUAAAUAAUGAAUUUCCUUAUUUUAUUGUUUUAUUAGAUUGUUUUAUAUCACAAACAAACAUUACUACAUUACUUGUUAAUAAUAAUAAUAAUAAUGAUAUUACUACUACUACUACUACUAUUAGUAAUAAUCUACCAAGUAUUUACUGUUUAUUAUUAAGAUUUAUGUAUAUACAUAUCACAUCAAUUUCUUCUAUUUAUUUAUUAAAUGAUCAAUAUGUUCAAUGGAUAUUUGAUUUAUUGUUUAAAUUAUAUUACAUAAUAUCACCGUUCAUUUCGAAUCAUUUCAGUACUCCUAGUACUCCUCCUCCUCCUCCUCCUCCUCCUCCUCCUCCUCCUCCUCUUCCUACUGCUACUACUAAUAAUAGUAAUAAUAAUACUAAUAAUACUACUAAUAAUAAUAAUUAUAAUAAUAAUUAUUAUUAUGAUAUUAUUUAUUCAUUUUUAAUAAAUUUAAUUAAAAAUGAAAAAUUGAAUUUAUUAAAACAAAUUUUCUAUCAAUUUAUAAAUAAUUCAAAAUUUUCUAGAAUAAAAAUAAAAUUUUUUUCUCAAUUAUUGAAGCAAAUACAAUUACAAUUACAAUUGAAUCUAUUAUAUAAUAAUAAUAAUAAUAAUAAUGUGAGUAAUAAUAUUAAUAUUAUUAUCAUAUUAAUGGAUUACAUAAUAAAUGAUGUAAUGAUUCCAAUGAAAGAAAUCAUCACAAUGGAUUUCAAUGAAUAUGAUUUAAUAUUAGAAUGUUUUAUGAAUUUAAUAAGAAUGAGAAUUCAAUCCAUUCAUUAUAUUAUAAAUGAUUCAAUCAUUAAUAUAAAUAAUUGGAAAGUAUACAAUGAUUUCAUGGAUAAUCUAUUGGAUAUAAAUGAUGUGAAUCAUUCAUAUUACUUGUUAAGAUGUUUAGUUAAUAAUGUUUUAACUGUCCAGUUGAAUCGUCCUUCAACAGUCUCCAGUGAUCACAUUCAAUUAACGUCAAUACAAGAAUACGAACUAUUACAAAAUCGUUUGAUGUAUUCCACAGUUGGCUUAUUUUUUGAUAUUUUAAAUGAAUCAGAAAAGUUACUACACACAUCGAAUUCAAAGACUAUUGAAGAAAUCAUAUCAAUUUGGCAAUUAUUAGCUUAUCUUAUAUUAAUCUCUCAUUCAAAUUGGUCAAAUCCACCAAUGAUCAUUCAUUUAAAUCAGAAUUUAUUUUAUCAUUCAUUAAUCAAUGUUCAGAAUUCAAAUAAACAUUCGAAAAAAUCUUUUACUGAACUUGGUAUUUCAUUUAUAAGUAAAGUUAUACAAAUAAAGUUUUAUAUAAAUGAAAACUACAAGGAUCCAAUUACUGAUGUAGUUGAUUUGCAAAAUAUCAAUCAAUUAAGUUCUUUAAUUUUACCGCCAAUGAUUGUUUUACUUGAAAUGAUACCAAAUAUAGCGCCAUUAUUGAAUAAUGGUGAUUCACAUAGUGAUAAUCAUAAUAUGUAUAACAAUUCAAUCGAUCAGUUAUUCACUAUACUAGAAGAUGCUUUUACACAAGUGCAAUUUAUUAGAACAUAUGGUUUUAAUAAUUUUUAUGAGUUCCUUGUACAUUUUAUUCAGUAUACCUUUCAUGAAAAUUCUUUUAUAAACAACAGUACUACUAUUACUACUACUACUACUGCUACCAAUAAUGAUAAGAUAACAUUAUCUAAUAAAAUGUUCGAUGAACGAUCCCGAUCUUCUUCAUCAUUAACUUCUGAGGAAUCGAUAAAUAAAACAUCAAAUACUUGUACGGAUAAUCAAUAUUUUGAUCAAUCAAAUGAUACAAAUCAAAAGGAUACAAUAUACAAGUAUAAUCCACAAUCAGUACGACUAUUAGUGUUUUCAACAAGAUUAUUUAUUCGAUUAACAUUACAUAAUCUAUCAUUAUUCAAUUGUUGUCUACAUACUAAAUUAUCAUUAUCUAUUAUGAAUAAUGUAAAUGUUUCAAUGAAAUGUGAAAAUCAAUUAUGGUCAAAUUGUCUAUCAAUUAUUAUUGCUCAUUAUUUUAGUAUAUUUAAAUCAGAUUUACAUGGACCACAUUCAAUGGAGGAUAAAUAUUUACAAAUUAAUAUAAAUAAUUUAAUUGAGGAGAUUUUAAAAUUAAUGACUAAUUUAUCAAAGUGUUCAAUUAUUCGACUAAGCUGUUUAGAUUUAUUACGAUGUUUCAUGAUACCACAAUAUAUUCGACCAAUUCAAUUUUGUACAGACUAUUCACAACCACUUGGUGUAUUAAGUGUGAAAUCUGUAAAACACUUUAUGCAGCUGAUAUUGAAAGAUUUAAGACAAAUACAAAAUAUUGAAGGCAGUAACAGUCUUAACAAAGGUAAUAACCAUAAAUACCAACUCAUUACUACUCAUCAUGAUGAUGACCUUACAGAACAGGAUACGAAGCCUGCUACGUUUCAUGCAAUCAAUAGUAUAUAUCCAUACGUUACAUGUCAAAUGUUCAAUUUACUGAUUGAUUGGAUUCAAACAAAUAAUGUUCUCAUGCCAACCAUAUAUACCAUUUGGCCAAAAUUAUUAAACACUCAUCUCUUAUAUUAUCAACAUGGACAGCUACAUUAUCCUAUUCUACAAUGUACUAAUAUGUGCUCUCAUCAUUAUUCUUAUGCAUUAGCAUUUGAAGAUAAUCAAUAUGAAAUUGAUAAUCAUCAAAUUUUAUAUCAAAAACUAUUAAAUUAUAUUUGUCCAUUAUCAACCAUUAUUAAUCACCAGAGUAAUCAAUCAUCUUUGUCUACUUCGUUUAAUUAUACUAUUGAUAAUCAUAGUUUAGGAUUGUCGACUUGGUUUUGUUUACAUGGAAAACAGUUAAAUAAUACGAAGCUUAAACCUAAGUUCAAUCAAUUAUCUGAAGUGGAUCUAUUUCAAUUUGUACAAUUAAAUCAGUUACAACAUUUCAUCAGUUUGGAUAUACUAUCUUCAUCCUUAUGUCACAACAAUCAAUCUGGAUAUCAAUCAUCGAUAAAUACCACAAACACAUUACCACCUUGUUCAACUAAUCGUAGUCACCUCUCACUUCAAAUAUGGAUAUCAUCUAUUUAUUCAUGUAUAUAUAUUCGUAUUGUUGAAAUGUCAAUCAAUAAAGAGAAUACAACAUUAGACUAUCAUGAAACAUCUAUAUCAUUAAAGAGGAAUACAAAUGAAAUUGUAUUGCUUAGUGAUUUAUGCUUAGAUUUUCCUAAAGAAUGUAAUAUUUCUGAUGAAUGGAAUCAUUUAUUUUUAUAUAUUGAAUGGAUAAACUAUUUCAAUGCAAAAGUGUCACUUGUAAUCAAUGGUUGGUUUGAAUCUAUCGGCGAUCUAAUAUUGAUUAACAAAGAGUUUGCCGAUUCACAUAUAAACUGUCAACAUCAGUUUAUGCCUCCUGUGUUACGUUUUGGUCAUGUAAUUGAUGUAUACUCUUCUUUAGAAUGUAGAAGAAAUACUUUUGAUUUAGGGAAUUUACUUUUGUUUACUGGUUUACCUUCUAGUGUGCAAAAACUUUCAUCAUCAUCUUCUGAUUAUAUCUUCAAAUGCAAAAAGAAAUCUUCAAAACAACAUCAUGAACAAAUGUCACAACAGUCAGACCAUCAAAAUGAAAAUUAUUUUAACAAUUCAAUUAAAGCAGUCGCUUUAUCACUUAGCCUUUUAGGUCCAUUAUUCAAUGGUUAUUUUGAUUCAAUUGAAUCAAGUGCAUACUAUCGAAAUUCAGCUGAUUGUAUACUUCAUGCAUUUAUACGUAGAUAUGCAUUAAAGGAUUCAACAUUGAAAAGUAAUCAUUAUCAUCCUUAUCAUCAUCAUGACUAUGAUUAUAUUAGUCAAUUAUUAAUAAGAGCUCAUUCUUUAAUUCAUUCAGAAUUUUGGUUAAGAUUCUUAAAAACAUACUGUUCAGAGCAUUUAUUCAUCAUUUUGUUGAGUCAUAAUCUAACUUGUGUACAAUUCAUUUUACCAAAAUCGCUAAUAUCAUUCCAUAAAGCUGAAUAUAAUGAAUCGUUAACAACGGAAGUGAACAACGAUAACGUGCAUGACAUAUACUUGUUAAAUUCCAAUGUUAGCCAACAUUACAAAUCAUUUGAUGGAAAUACAAUACAAAUUGAUUAUCGUCAUUCGUCUGAAAAGCGAUUAUGGUUAUUAAGGAGCAUAUAUUCAUCUGAUAACAAUCAAUCAAUAUCUCACUAUGUUAACUAUUAUUAUCGAGAAAGUUUUGAUUCAGUCUUUGAACCCCAUGGAGGUAUUGAAGUGGUAAUUUGCCUUCUUGGUGAACUUGUCUGUCAAUCACACAAUUCUGAUUUGAUUUCAUAUGGACUAAAAUUACUCUUUACAAUGUUACAUCAUUCUAGUAUAAUGUAUGCAAAAUUUUAUGCACCAGCAUUAUCACAUCCUGGUUUAGAGAAUUCAAUGGAAAGACGACAUAAAAAACUAUGGUUAUUUCAAAAUUGUAAUAAUCAGCUAAAUUGUAAACCAGUUCCAUUAAGUUUUGGACAUUGUCUAUUAGCUCGUCUAUUCAAACAUCCAGAAUUUAAUAUGAUCUCAUCUAAAUCAUAUGAAAUUAUGAAAGUUUUACUAAAUGAAAUCAUAUUGACAUUUCCUGUAAAUAUUUUAUGUAAAAAAUCUAUGAACCAUACAUCAUCCAUUGCACAUUUAUUGAUCAAUCCAAGUUUAUUACGUUGUCUUAUCUUAUUCGGUUCACAAUCAUUCUGGUAUCCUUCAUUGAAACAACAACAACAACAACAAUCUGGAUUUGGUACUCAGAAUUCAACUGAUCUUUCUAAAUCAUCAAAGAAAUCAAUUUUAUUGAAUUAUGGUUUAAUACCUGGAAUAUUUGAAUUAUUAAUGAAUAUUAAUGAAUUGUCUAAUUCAACUAUAAUCAUUAUCAAAUUAUAUAAUUUGUCUAUAUUAGAUAAAUGGCAAUUAAUUAUGGCAAUGUGGAUUGGAUUUCGAGAAUUGUUCCUAGAAAAUGAUAAUCAUCAUUCAAUACAAAGAACAUUAAUGAAUCAUGAACAUUUGAGAUUUAUAACACAGCAGUGGCCAAUUAAUUCAUUGAUGAAUUGUCUGAUAAAUCGUCUUUCAUUAUCCGUAGUGACAAAUGGGCCGAGUAAAACUGGAGCAACCUUGGAAUCAAUACAUAGACAGUCAUUGUAUAAUAAUAAUAAUACUGAUUAUAUUCAUUCAUUUUAUUGUGCAAAACGAUUAUGUCUAUUGAAUUUAUGUCGUUUAAUUAUUAAUUUAGAUGCUAAUAUGUAUUUAUCUGCAGCUGAACAAGUAUUUUAUACUAUGUCAGAUUAUAAUAACGAUCAUGAUGACGAUGAUGAUGAUCCCGAUCAUAAGAUUAAUAUUGAUCAUCAAUUAUUUAUACAUAAUGAUGAGUUAGAAACUAAAGUGUCAACAUCAACAUCACCAUUAUCCAUGUCUACAUCACAAAUAUCAUUAUCAACAUUAGAUAAUGAUUAUUUAUUUUGGCAUAAAAUUACACGAAAGUGUUUAAAUUAUACGGAACGUUUAAAAAUUUGGGAAUACUUAUCAUUUAAUCAUAAUAAAGUGAUAAAUAAUAGUGAUAACAGUACUGAAGGCAAAUGUGAACUUAAUCAAACUUCAUUUGAAAAAAAUUCAUCUAAACUUUUAAUUGAUUCUUCUACAUCAUAUGAUAUAACUCGAAUACAAACACAAAAUUUAAUUAAUACUGAAGAGAAUCAAAUUCAAACAGCAGAAAUUCAAUCUAAUCACUGUCAAUCAUUGUCAUCAUUAUCAUCAUCUACAUCGAAACAACAAUAUCAACAAAAAGAACAAUUGUCAAGUAAUGAAGGAUAUCAAUUGAACAUGAUUGAAUCUAUAAAGUAUCCAAUGGUUAUAUCAGAUUCCGGUGUAAGUAUAUCAUCUUUACCGGUUAGUAGUGUUGAUCUAAUAAAUGUAGAAAAGGAUGUAUAUCAUAUAUGUGAAGAUAAUGAAUCUAUUCCUACAAAACAUAUUCAAGAAGAAUUAAAUAAUUUCAUUGAAACUGAUUAUACUACUAAUAAAUAUAUAUUAAAUUGUGUUCAAUUACGUAUUGAACAAAAUAGUAUAUUUUCUAAACAUUUAAUUCAUUGUUUAGAUCAUGUUUGGUAUAGACAUUUUCCAAUUGAAUUAUUAUCAAAUGUUUAUUUCAAAGAUAAGCUGAAACGAAAUAUAAUCAAAUUCAAUAACAAUAAUGAGAUGGAUGGAGAGAAGAAGGAGGAGAAGGACGACGUCGACGACAACGACGAGGAGGCGGAGCAGGGGGAUAAACAUGAAGGAUUUAUUCAUGUUUUCACAAAAAAUAUUUCACAUUCAAAUGAUUGGAAUCUAUAUAAAUUGAAAUCAACUUAUCCGUUAUUAUUGGAUCAUGUUAAUAGUAAUUCAUUAAUUGCAUCACAUUGUUCUACUUCAAUUCGACCACCUUUAUGGUUGAUUUAUAGUUUAAUACGACAUCCAUAUUUAUCUCAACGUGAAUGUGCUCUUACAGGUUACUGUGUUUGGUUACAUUUUGAAGCUAAUAAAUGGAUAAAAAAAUAUGAACAAUUAUCAACAAAUUUCAGUCAAUCUAUUUACUUUGAUUGGUCUAUUCCUGUAACAACAUUACAUCAUCAUCAUCAUCAUCAUCAUCAUCAUGAUCAUCAUCCAACUACUAAUACUACUAAUAAUACUACUAAUACUACACAAUUGCAUAGAAUUAUACCAUAUCAAUUAUCAAGAAUACGUUCAUUUGCUAUAGGAUUAUUAUUACCCACAUUACCAUUUCUAUGUAUAACAAAUUGUAAUUCAGAUAUUGAUCUUAAAACUUAUUAUUCUAAUCGUCAUUUAUGUUCUAAAAAAUUAUUAAAUCGUUCAUUCGGUUUAAUUUUACAUGGAUUAGAGACAUUUUCAUUCAUGAAUUCUAAUGAAAUAAUAAUAAUGAAUGAAUAUUUUCAGAAAACUAAUUGUUUAUUAGAAUCUUCUUCGCAUGAUGUAACUGGAUUUAUCUCUGAACCAACUUACAUUCAUCAUGCUCAUCAUCAGUGUCAUCAUCACCAUCCUAUUAUCUCUGUCGAAUUUGAAAAUAUCAUCAACAAUGCAAAUAAUAAUUCAAAUGUCAGUAAUGGGAGAUAUGAUCAAUUGCCAGCUAAUAAAAAUGCUACUACCACUACUACCAUUACAGCUACUACUACCACUACUACUACUGCUACUACCACUUCUACUACUACUAGUACUGCUACUGCCACUACUACCACUACUACUACUACUAAUAGUAAUAAUAAUAACAACCGUUGUAAUAAUCCUAAUUUUCAUAAAUAUUAUCUAUUAUCUACAUUUCCAGUGUUAUUUUCAACAUUGAUUGGUAGUUUCAUUGAUGCAUUAAUAAGCUGUAUUGUUAAAUUAAAACUAAUUAAUCAUACAAAGUUAAAAUCUGAUCACAAAGAUGAUAAAGAUGAUCAUCACAAAGGAAAUCAUUGUAGUUCUUCUACGGCUACUAUCAAUAAUGAUGAUAAUGAUAUUGAUGAUGAAACCAGUACACCAGAAAUUGAGUUAUGUACUUAUGGUUUAGAUGCUUUCAUUAUUUUAUUACAGGAUUCAGAUAAUUGUGUUCUUAGUUCAGCUAUCAAAUCUAAUUUAUUACCAGUAUUAUACAAUAUGGCUUGGUUAUUGGAAUUUGGCAUUCAUGAAGCUAAUUCAUUAUUACAUAUGCAUAAUAAUGAUUAUCAUAACACUAAUAGACCACCAAUGUCUAUUAUUCCAUCUCUCUUAAUGCCUAUUUUUACUAGUUUAAAUCGUUUAAUUGGUCGUGUAAUUAAUUGGAUGAUAAUCGAUGAAAAAUUCAGUAAUGAAUUAAUUCCUUCAUCUUUUCCUGUAUUUCAUUAUUCCUUGGAUACAUCAUUACGAUUUCAAUUGAUAAGAACUUUUCUACAAUAUUUAAUUUCAAUGAAACCUGAAUUGAAUAAUGAAGAUUAUGAUGUUUAUGUUGUAAAUUUGGAAUCAGAAGUACAGUUGAAUCCUGGACCAGUUAGUCGAUGUCUUGUUCGUCGAGUUUUACAUAGUCUUUUAGAAACUUCAAUUAGUCAGUUAGAUCGAAUUGGAGAAGAACUUAACAAAUCAGUAGCCUUUAGUCAACAAAAUAUAGGUAAACAACAAGAAAAUGAUAUACAAACAGCUACUGAAGAUGGGAAUGUUAAGUAUCUUUGUGAAAAUUUAAAAUUACAUUAUAAUCAUUUAGUAUGGAUAUUAAAUUGUACUGUAAAUGUACUGAUUUAUUCACCUUAUCGAGAUGAACAAAUGAUUAAUAUCCUGAAUCAGUUAAAUUCAAUGCCUGAAAUAUCCAAGCACAAAAAUACAACCAUUUCUCCAGUUCCUGUAAGAAUACAAAGUUUUCAUGUUGAUUUGGGCGAAGAGAUUGAUGUAGAUCAAAAUAUGAAUCAAGCUUGCACUACUCCUUCUACGCUUAAUCAAUAUCAUCAUGAUCUUGGUGAUAUAAAAGAAACUUCAUAUGAUCUGUCGAAAUAUUGUUUCCAUCAUGACAACAACAAGAACUGUAGAUGUGAGAUAAUGAGAGAGAGACAUUUGUUAUUUUCAAAGCAUAAGAGUUUAUUUUUAUGCAUGCAUCAAAGUUUGGAACAAGCUAUUAUCACUUCAAUGUUUACUACAGCACAACAUAUUCAGAGUGGUAAUUUACUAAAAAUUCCAAAUAUUUCAAAUUAUAUAACAACGAAUGAUUUUAUGAAUUUAUACAAUAAAGCACUUGGUCGAAUUCUUGUUUCACGUAUACAAUUACCAGAAAUUAAUGUAGCUGUCGAUUUCUUAGUUACCUAUUUAUUAAAACUAUUUAAUGAAGACUCUUAUUUGUUAAAUUCAUGUUUAGCAGCAUUGCCACCAAUGUAUUCCCCUACAUUUUGGAAUAAUCUAAUCACUAUAAAAUAUUGGUUACAUCAAAAUCUAUCAAUAUGGUUCACAUAUAUAUCAUCUAAUACAUUAGAUAUUCAUCAUAAUAUAAAUCAUGAUUUAUUCUUUAACUUAACAAUUAAUAAUGAAACAAAUAUGAUAAAUCAACAAUUAACUCAAUUAUAUACAAUUAUUGAAAUGAUACUUAUCAAUAAUCAUAUUAUCAAUGAUAAAUCAAUACAAAAUUUACCAUCGUCAUUAUUAUUAUCACCUUGGUUACAAGAGAAAUUCAAUCAUGUUACACCAUCUGAAUUGUAUACAUAUCAUGAUCUAAUUAAAAUUGAAUAUAAAAAACUUAGUGAACAAUGGAAAUUAUCACUGCCUGAUUUAAACAAAUUGAUACAUUUAAAAUUAUCUACAAAUAAUAAAAGUGUAUCUAUGGUUCAUGAUAAAAAGUCAAUACUUGUUCAAUUGAUACAAAUGUUUUGGCCAAAAUCAACUAAUAACAAAUUAACAAAUAAUGAAAAUCUCUUUUCAUCAUUGAAUGCUUCAUCGAAAAAAUAUUUACCAAGAAAAUUUCCUAUUACACAAUUGUGUAGUCAAGCACGUAAACAAUGCGUUGAUGGUCAGAAUGCAUGGUUAGAUGCUUAUAGUGAACGUAAACGUAUUGUAGGCCCAUUGGGUACUGUACUUUGGGCGCGUGUAGCUGAGCAUUUAAGUCAUAGCAGAGGAUUAUUUUAUCAUUCGGAAUCUACUCCAUUUGGUUGGUGUGUUGAUCCUGUAGAAGAUUCAUUACGUCAACAUGGUCGAUUUUAUUAUACACAUUUACCAAUGGCUGAACGUUUAAUACAUACAACUUCACGAUCGAAUCUAUUAUCCGCGCGUCAAUCACAUCCACUUGCCUCGUUAAUUGGUUUACCAUCAAUCAUGAAUCAUUCUCAACCUGUAAUUGGUGCAGCUUGUACAUGGCAUAAUUUACCAUUAUGUUUACCAUUAUCAUCUAUUCCAUUAAUACAAUUAGCAUCAGCUAGCCGAUAUCAUAUUCAAGCUGUUUGGGCAUGUCGUUUAGUUGGUAUUCUACAUAUUCCACCUAUUGAAGGUGAUUUAAUACUUGGUCAAACAUGGUUAAGAUUUCAACCUGAUCCAUUAAUGAAUAGAAAUUUAUUGAUGAAUGAUGAUUGUAAUAAUAAUGACAGUAAGAAUGCGCAAUUUAUUGAGAUUGAAUCAUUAUAUCCUUAUCAAAGUCCUUCUAAUCGAUUAUGGUUUGCAUGGUCUUUUAAAUCAAUUCAUCAUAUUGAAGCACGUCGAUAUUCAUUACGUGAUAUUGCAGUAGAAAUAUUUCCCGAUGAAACAGAUGUGAAUGCACCAAUGCUUUUUGCUAUGUAUUCUUCUAAAGACAGGGAUAAUUUUAUCGAAACUAUCACUCCUUUAAUUGGUCAUCAUUCAUGUUAUUGUAUUCAUCAUUAUCAUAAUCGAUUAUUAGUGAAUACCGAUGAACAAUUUGCCAUAGCUAAUCCUCUCCCAUCGAUUCAUCAUCAUCAUCAUCAUCAUCAUCAUCAUCAUCAUCAUCAUCAUCAUCAUCAUUGUACUUUUAAACAAUUAAAAAAAUGUAAAUUACAAAAUGUACAACAAGCAUGGUUAAAUGGCGAAUUAUCAAAUUUUGACUAUUUAAUGAAGUUAAACACAACUGCUGGUCGAAGUUAUAAUGAUUUAAUGCAGUAUCCUAUAUUUCCAUGGAUUAUACGUGAUUAUGAAAGUCUUGUGUUAGACUUAACCCAACCAACUUCAUUUCGACGAUUAGAUCGUCCAAUAGCUGUACAAGAAGACGAUAGAGCUGAAGCUGUAGCAGCACGAUUCAAUGAAGCUGAAUUACUAUCCAAAACAUCAUCUACAUCACAUCCAGAAGCAUCGGGAAUACAAUCAAAAACGUCUACUUUAUCGAAUUUAAGUAGUGUUUGUCCACCAUAUCAUUAUCCAGCGCAUUGUUCAAAUGAAGCAAUUGUGUUACAUUUUCUUGUUCGUUUACCCCCAUACACUUUUCGUCAUUUACGUUUUCAAGAUAAUAAUUUCGAUGUACCCGAUCGUUUAUUUCAUUCAAUUGCAACAACAUGGCGUUUAGCUACUACUUCUGUUUCAUGUGUUAAAGAAUUAGUACCAGAAUUUUAUUUUCAACCAGAAAUGUUUAUUAAUCGAAGUGGAUUGAAAUUAGGCUGCCGACAACCAGGUGAUAGUGUAGAUAAUGUUGAAUUACCACCUUGGUGUAAAAAUGAUCCACGUUUAUUCACAUUAAUUUGUCGUGCUGCAUUAGAAAGUGAUUAUGUAUCAAUGAAUUUAUCAUAUUGGAUUGAUUUAUUAUUUGGUUAUAAACAAUCUGGACAAAAUGCUAAAGAUUCUUUGAAUCUAUAUCAUCCAUAUACAUAUUUUGGCUCAAUCAAUGUGGAUACAAUAGACGAUCCUAUUUUAGCACAAGCUAUUGAAGGUAUGAUUAAUAAUUAUGGUCAAACACCGAAACAAUUAUUUCACAAACAUCCUCAUCCAUGUCGUAAAUUGCCGUUUUCUAAUGAAGCCAGACUGAAUAUGACGUCAAAAUUUAAAAGUAAAUCCACUGGUACAAUGUAUAAUAUGACGAGUCAAGAGAACGUUGGAGAUAGACGUUCUUCUACACCCGCAUUAUUUAACUGUAAUAAUAUCAAUGAUGACGAUAAGAAUUCAUUACAAGCGGCAACGUUUUCUGUGAGUGACAAACAAUACUCAUCAGUUAAACUGGACAACACACCGUUAGAAACUGUGAUUGGAUUAAAAUGGGGUGAAUGGGCAGGUAGUCCACAGGUGAACUCUUUUGAAAUAAUUUGGAAGAAACAGUUCAUCAAUACAAAGUUAUCAGUAUCGAAAAGUACAAAGAAUUCACUGGAAUAUUCUGAAAUAUUAAAAAUACCAUUUCUUAGUCAUUUAACCGGUUCUAUAUGGUGUGAAUUCAAUAGGAAAGAUACUCAUUUACUUCAUUGUAUGAAUCAAUUUAACAAUAUCUCUUCAAUAAAUAAUGAUAAAUUAUAUCAUUCUUGGAAUGGUUGGGUUGAUUUCAACAUUGAUCAUGAAAUAGGUGAAUGUUUCUUGUCAUCAUUCUCAUCAUCUCAUUCUACAGAAAUGUCAUCAUCAUCAUCAUCAUCGUUCACAACAGAUGUUCAUACUGAUUGUUCAUGGUAUUGGAAAAUUCUUCACUGUGAAUCAAAUGCAUGUAUAUGGGUAUCGUUAUUACUAGACAUUAGUAAUUUACAAGAUCAAUUGUAUCCUGUACCAUAUUUAAUAAAAUUGAAACCAUCUUUACUAGACAAUAGAACUUUAAAUAUUUUUAUAAAACGUUUACCCAAAGAAUCACAUAGUACUUGUAAUGCUACUUCUAAUUAUCCUUAUGACGAACCUUUUGGAACUACUGAUUCCUCUCCAUCAGAACUACAUCAUCAUCAUCAUCAUCAACAUAAUGAUGAGAUAAACUUACAAUUACCAUAUUCAAAUCCUCUUCCAUUCGAUACUGGAAAAUCUUUAAUUACUUCAUUAGCUGUUUCACCUAGUUCAAGUCAUGGUAUUCAAUUAUUUGUUGGUACCUGUUUUGGAUCAAUAUAUGUAAGACAAUUGCCUACAAAUUUAUAUGAUAUUUCAUCCAUUGACAGUUGGUUACCACAAGAUUAUCAAGGAGAAUCAUCAUUAAAUGAAGAUAAACCAAAUUGUACAGCAAAUAUUCAUAAACGAUCAAGAAAAGAAUCAACAAAACGAAACAUGAAACAUUCAAAACUGACUAUUACUACUACUACUACCCCGAUGAAUCCUACUCAAACUCUUAAUCAUUCUAUUCAUGAUGAGAAUCAUAAUAAUAAUAAAGAAACCGCUGGUUUAUGGGAAAUUACCGGUUGGAAACAAUUAUAUGGUCAUGCUGGACAUGAAAUCACUAGUUUAGUAAUUAAUCGUAAUAAUAGUUUAAUUGCUAGUGGUGAUAAUCAAGGUUAUGUAUGUUUAUGGGAUAGAUAUCGUUUAACAUUAAUUAAAACAAUUAAUACUAAUAUUAUUAAUGAUCAUGAUUAUCAACAAAAUGAAUUCGGUGAUAGUUCAAAUAGUAGUCAGAGUCAUAGUAUCACUACUACUACUACUAAUACCGGUCAAGAUUACCAUAGCAUUCAUGAUUUGAAACAACCCCGUAGACGAUACUCCUCUAAUCAUCUUACUGUGGAGAAUUCCAUACAUAAAAGUAAUGAAGAUAUACAAAUGAAGAAAAAGAAGUCUAUUUUAAGUAGUAGUAGUAGUAGUAGUAGUAGCAGUAGUACUUCAACAGCUGAUUUUAUAAAUAUCAAUGAUGAUUCAGUAUUAUUGAAUAAUUUUAAACGUAUUGAUGGAAUAUGCUUCAAUUUAACAUCCGGUGAAUUAGUUGUAGCCAAAUGGAAUCAUCCUAAUUUUAAUGUCUGUUGGCUUGGUUUAUAUUCUUGUUCUGGAGUUUGGAUAGCUAAUCGUAUUUUAGAUUUUCUAGCUGAAAUCAAUGAUCCAUUAAUAGAUUCACUUUUAUUACAAAUCUAUGAUGAUAAUUAUCAUCCUUUAGUUCCUAUGGCAUUUUCAACUGUAUCUGAAGGUCGAGGUGUGAAUUGUUUAUUAGUUGGUGGUCCAGGUGGUCGAUUAGUUUGGUUGAAUUCAUGGACAUUGGAUACAAUACGAACAUAUAUGCUCCCAGAUAAUGAUGAAAAUGCACGUAUAACAUCAGUUUGCUUCGGACCAUUGUUGAAUACUACUACCACUACUGCUACUACUACUACUACUACUACCACUACUACUACUACUACUGCUACUACUAAUACUACUACUACUAAUAAUAAUAAUAAUGUGAAUUAUCAUACAAAUUCAAAAGAUUUAGGUGAAAUUUUAUGUCAAGGUUUAUAUGUAACUGUUCAAACAGGUUGUUUAUAUCAUUUUGGUCCUAAAUCUAUACAAACAUGUCCUACUAUAGAUCAAUUAAAUAAUGAUAACUAUUCAUUUUAUUCAACUAAUGAACUGUAUAAACAUUCUAUUGUACAUUGGUUAGAUACAUAAUGACUAUGUAGUUAUUUUUAAUAUGAUUGUUGUUUAGAAUGAUUUUAAAGAUUUUUACUUUAACCGACUUCCUUUUUUAUUUGUGAAUUUUUUUCUCUUUUGAUAAAUACAUAUACGUUCUAUUGUAUC